GAGUUUGGAAGGCAGUUUACGAAAAUGAACGAAAUUCAAAGGAAGUACCACGAUGACCCCUUAGAAGUUGUUCGGAAGGAUGGAUUAAUUUUAAUAAGAGAAAUGGCUUCGGAGGUCAAAAACAUGAUGGACUUUAAAAUGAGCGCCGUAAAGCGAAUAAUGGAUUCAGCAGAACAAGCGGCCUUAUCUUCCCUCGACCAAUCAGACAACGCACAAGCGAUCAGAUCGCGCCCAAAACGAGCCACAAACGAUGUUUCAUAUAUCAGCACCAGCACCAGCACCAGUAGCAAAGUCCAAAGUAAAUAUCGAAAGGAGCAGGAUCAUCGGACGAGGAGGAAGCGAUCGAACGACGAGGACGGCCUGGACGACGACUAUUAUGAAUCAGAAAGCAGUCCAGCUACCAGCCAGUGGCAAUUUUCAGAACAUUUUGAUAAUAUGAAAAUAAACGUCACGAAGAGCGAAAUUUUGAUGGCAAAUGACGUUGCACGUGACGAUCCGGCUGUUCAAACAGCAAUAAGGUGGUCGAGUCACCUAGAGCCCCUUUUUGCGAGCAAUUACGAAACCGACCCUGCACUUUCUUGGCAAUAUCUGGGCACUUCUGCAGGAGCCCUAAGAAGGUAUCCUGCUUCCGAAAGAAGUUUCAUGAUGGAUGGAAAAGGGGAAUCAGGGAUAAAAGAUUAUCGAUCUACCAGGUGGUAUAUCGAUGCAGCAACGUCUCCAAAAGAUGUGGUCAUUUUAUUGGAUGUCACUUCGCAUAAAGUGACGCAAGGGACUUCGUCCGGUGCAACUGUCACCGCCAUUUUAGACUCUCUUGGCGAUGACGAUUUUGUGAAUGUUUUUGCUUAUUCUGGGGACAUCAGGCCGGUAGCCACGUGUUUAGGAGGAGGUCUAGUAUCUGCUCAUGCAGAUAACAAAAGGGUCAUCCUGAAUGCCUUAAACGGACCAAAAGAUCAAUGGUCAGAUUUGACGAGCAAAAAUGUCAACUUGACAAAAGCUUUGGAUUUUGGCUUCGACAUACUGUACAGGUACAAUCGAACAGGAGCAGGUUGCCAAUGCAACCAAGCGAUAACUUUGGUAUCAUCUGAUGUACAAGUGGCCCCUCGACAUGUGUUCCAGAAACAUAAUUGGCCACACAUGCCAGUACGUGUUUUUGCUUACGAUGUUGGCAAAGAUAAAACUACGAGGGCUGAAAUGCAUUGGAUGGCCUGCAGCAAUAAAGGUUUUUAUGCCAGAAUUUCAACACCAGAAGAAGCUCCUUCUAAAGUGUUGGAUUUUAUAUCAGUAAUGGCCAGGCCGAUGGUUAUGUAUCAGAAUGAUCAUCCUAUACAGUGGUCCCCAGUUUUUGUCGCUGGACAGAACGAAGAUGGUUCUCAUAGAUUGAUGACAUCUGUGAGUACACCAGUAUUCGACAGGAGAAAUCACACUGUAAGAGUGGCCAAUUUGUUAGGAGUGGCUGGUACUGAUGUACCAGUGGAUCAAAUAAAGAAACUAGCACCAGAAUAUAAGUUGGGUGUGAACGGUUAUUCAUUUAUUGUCAAUAAUAAUGGACACGUGUUGUACCAUCCUGGACUCAAUCCACUGUAUUUGGAAACUCUGAAACCAACUUACACAUCGGUUGAUUUGACCGAAGUGGAGUUACCUGAAAGUGAGAACAGUCCUCGAGAGAACCACAGUGCUCUUUUAGAUCUUCGAAGAGAUAUGAUAGAGCAGAAAGAAGGCGAGACUGAAUUUGGUGUCAAAACGGUUUACGAUUCUGGUAGACGAGUUGCUACCAGGAGACACAAAUAUUUUUAUGAAAGAGUCGAUGGGACUCCUUUUUCUUUGGGAGUGGCCCUUCCUGAGGGAUACGGGAUGUAUGAGUUGAGGGCCGAGCUGGAGAUCAGGCACAGCUCGAUCAAUGUAACCGAAUACUUCAAAGGAAACAACUGGCGCAUACAUCCUGAUUGGGUUUAUUGCGAAUACGCAUCCUCGGCUCCUGCCUUCAGCGAAUUUUCAAACAACCAGCCAGGACAAGAUUCGGAUCUAAAUCCUGGCCUGUUGGGCCCUCCAGAAAAACGGCUCUUACACUUUUUGUCCAGGGCCGGACGUCCUGGUUGGAAAUGGAUGAGCGUUAGACCGAGAGCUAGGGAGGAACCCAGAGCUGCGAAAACGGAUAAGGACGGAUAUUUCUGUGACAAGAGUUUGGUCCAGAGCCUGGUUCGAGACGCGAUGGUGACAGAUGGCUUAGACAGGCGCUCCAUGGGGUCCAGGCAGAGUUCUCAUAAAGAAGACAAACACCCAAUUGCCACACUUAUGGCUUUGCUGCACAGACAAGGAUAUCAAAUGUUCGGAGUCAGUUUAAGUUUUGUCGCCACCAGGAGUGGUUUAUUGAGAUGGACAGAACACGGUCCUGGUGCUAAUAACGAUAUCGAUAAUCCUUCAUCGGAUUCACCAGGAGUUCGUUUUGCCCAAGCUAAUCCAAAGCCAACACAAUCGACUUGGUAUCGGAGGGCAGUCGAUCAGCAUUCGCAGGAACCGGAAAGUUUUGUGUUUUCUGUGGAUUUUGCUGAUGAUGAAGCUGCCACUGAUCAAGAAGGUGGUCCUGUGGUGACAGUGGCACAUGCUGUUUUUGUCGAGCACAAAGGGCAUAGGGCUCCAGCAGCUGUCGUAGGGCUCCAGUUUAAACAUUCGGCUUUGGCUGGACAUUUUGUUAAUAUUACAAGCGCAUGUACGGGUUUACACGGAAAUUGUCGAAAAACCUGCGCAAGUGAAGAACUUGACUGCUAUUUACUGGACAACAACGGUUUCGUCCUUCUCAGCGAAGACAACACUCACACGGGUAGAUUUUUUGGCGAAAUCGACGGAACCAUCAUGGACUCUUUAGUACAAGACCGCAUUUUUAAAAGAGUAGCCGUAUUCGACUACCAGGGUACAUGCACCGGAGACUCCAACCGCGUGACCGGUUCCUGCAGCAGAUUGCAACCAGGUUCCCAUUGGUUCACUUCUUGGUUGAAACGAUGGUUUUAUCUCUGGGCCAAAAUGACGACGGUUUUGGAUCUGGUGCAGACUGUUACGGCUAGCAAGAUUUAUAAUUAUAAUUUCCCAUCUUUGAUGAUGAACGAUAAUGAGUAUCAGCAGGAGGAGGGAAGGUUGGACGAUGAUGAAUCCUUGUACGAUGAUUAUGAAGAUGAUAAUGUGGAUGAUGAUGAUGAUUUUGAUUAUAAUCCGGAUGAAAUGGACCAGUUGAACCAAGAUAGAAAUCAAGAUUUUGGAAAGAGCAACACACAAUUUGAGACUGCAAACGUUCAUAGAGCCACAAUCACAAAUAGCGAUACAAAUUCUGUACCUAUUAAAGAAGGGACUCCCAAUGGCGGUCGACCUUGUGAUUUGAGGACUGAUUUGUAUGUUUUGCAACCUGACAGAUUGAACACGAGUGGUCAGAAUAAUCCUUUGAAGGGAAAGUUGACGAAUUGCCAUGUUACUGGUUGUGAAAGGCCCUUCAGCGUCCAAAAGAUACCCCACAGCAACCUAAUUCUCCUGGUAGUCGAUACCUUAUGUCCAUGUGGGUCGAAGCAGUUGCACAUCAGAUCUGCAGAAGCAACGCCAUCUAACGGGAAUGGUGCCAGCACAAGUGCAGAGUGUGCAAGAAGUGCUGCCAGGCAGCAUUUGUUUAGGCGCAGGCCGCCGAAAUGCAUCAGCUACCAUCCUGAGGAAAUUGAAAUCCAGCAAUGCGGUGGAGCCUCAGCAAUUUCUCAAAAUGCAGUGGUUAUUAUUUUAACAUUGACGAUACUCAAGAUAUUACUUCAUGGUCAAGGAACGUGACUCAAUCAAUAUUAAUUAUUAAAAUCAA